CACUCACGUGAACUCAUGAGUAAUUCAUAACAUAACCUACAAAAAGCUUUUAAUACAAAAUUAAAAACAAACCCGCUGAAGGGCUGAAACCUGGCUGAAACGCUGAAGCCGGAAGCGCAGUGAAGCACUGAAGCCAAGCCAGCCGGCCAGCCCACGACGUCGACUCUUGCUUGACUGAACUGACCAUCAGUGUUUUUUCAUUUCGAAACUGCAGACUGCACGAUUUACUUGAUUUGCUUGAAAAAAGCUUGUAAAAUUUGUUGAAAUGGGCGACAGAUACAAUAUUCACAGUCAGUUGGAGCAUUUGCAAUCUAAAUAUAUUGGGACUGGACAUGCAGACACAACCAAAUUUGAAUGGCUUGUCAAUCAGCAUCGGGACUCGUUUUCCUCUUAUCUAGGUCACUAUGAUUUGCUCAAUUAUUUUGCUAUUUGUGAAAAUGAAACCAAAGCCAGAGUUCGAUUCAAUCUAAUGGAGAAAAUGUUACAACCAUGUGGACCUCCUCCAGAAAAAUUGGAAGAAUAAUCUAUAUUAUUCACAAAGCUAAAUUGUAUGUAUUGUAAAUAAUUUUUUUUUACUGUCAUCAGUGUAAAUGAAAAUUACCUUUUCUCUCAGUCUACAAGGAGCAAAAAAGAAAGCUUUCUCUACAAGAUUCUGUCUUUCCUUUGAUUUCAAAUAAAUUUCCAGCAGUAAGUUCUUAUGUAAUAUUCACAACCCCACCAACUCUUGCUGAAUCAGUAAUCAUUAAUAGUUUAACAUUUUUCACUGAGAACAAAGUAAAAAUCAUAAAAAUAUAUAUUUUACACUGAAAGCAA